AUGGAGGUGGGGCGCGUGUCAGGGAGCUUCAUCCUCAAGUCCGCGCAGCAAGAGGAGGCUCUUCAUUGCAUCUGGUAUGCUCUUAGGAGGUGGCAACUUGUCCCCCGGCGGAUCAUCCUCUUCCCAACGACGGCUUAUUUGUCGAUCAAUCGGAGAUGA